AUAAGGUGAGAGAACAUGGAACCAGAGUCAGAACUUAGCGAUGUGACCACGAGGGGGCAGUAUCGCCCAGCUGGUGCUGAAGCUGUAGGUGGAGGGUUUAUUUCAGGGAUUCAGAGUGAGCAGGCUGAGAGCAGAAGCACAGCUUUUUCCUUAUUGGCUGAGAAGACAGUGCCAAAAACCAGUACAGUCACUAGAGUGGAAGAAAGGGACACCUUGACACGAGAAGUAGCUCUCUGGCAAGAGCUUGCAAGUCUACUGUUGAUCCAACUGGGAAGAACCAUGAGGACUCCAGCUCAGGCUCUGCUCACGUUCCUGUGGUUGCAGCUGGAUUGGGGCCGAGCAGAGCAGCUGGAGCAGCUUCCCAGCACCCUGCGUGUGCAGGAGGGAGACACCUCUGUCAUCAACUGUACUUACUCGGACAGUGCUUCGUCCUACUUCCCUUGGUACAGACAAGAAGCUGGGAAGGGGCCCCAGCUCAUUAUUGACAUUCGUUCAAAUGCAGUGAGUGUGCAAAAGCAAAGACUCCUUGUUUCAUUCAGCAAGACAGCUAAGCAGGUCUCCCUGCACAUCACAGACACCCAACCUGGAGAUGCAGCCGUGUACUUCUGUGCAGCCAGUGCACAGUGCUUGCCAGUCACCUGCAGUCUGUGCGAAAACCUGCCUCUGGCCUGUGCCCUCUGCUGGUCUUGGCAAGACUUUCCAGUAUUUGCUGUGUUGGUUUGUAAGUAGCAAAGUGCAGUUUUCAGAAGUUCCACUACUGCAGAAACAUUUAAUGCAUAUAGUAGGAGAGUUAGAUUCACGAUGAUUUGGGAAGACUCAGUGUUCUAGUGAGGGGUUGUACACAGAGAACAACUAGGAUUAGGACAUGGAAUUUAUAAUAUUUCUAUGGUGGUCACCGGAAGUUCACACAGUGAAAUGCAGGAAAUCUAACCCAACACCAAAGACAUAGAUUAUUUAGUCAAGAGCCUAAACCCCACGGCAAUGUCCCACAUGAGUCCAGAUAAAAACACAGAGCUCAGGACAAUGCCUCCCUCCCAUGAGUCCAACUGGAGGUCCAGAGCCCAUAGGAAGGACUCACGCCAGUCUCUUUUAGGGAUCUGUGCUGAGAAGACCAAGGGUCAGUGAUGGAAGCCAGAAAGCCUAUGCCAGGAGGAUGAAGGAGCUGUGCUAGUGGGAUGAGGGUUCUACCCUGGAGCCAAGAAGUCACACUCACGACAAAGACCAGGGCUAUCCUGAGAGGCACCACAGCCGUCCUCAGCCACACGGAGGCCCCGAGUACUCCGAUGACAAGCACAGUCGGGCACAUGCCAGAAAGCAGCGUGACGAGCUCAUGCUGGAGACCAGCAGCACAUGUCUUCCCCUCCGGAGCCAGGAAGCAAUGCUCCAUGUGAGGACCAAAGCCUCUCCAGGAGAAUCAACAGCUCAGACAGCAACUUGUAUGAGAACCCACAAUGACUCCUUAAUGCCUCAACCCUCAAUAACUCUCUUCUUCUCCACCUAUUUAUCCUGGCAACUUUCCUGAGGUGGAGCAUUUUCGCUCAGUGCCAUGCCAAUGUAAUCCAGCUGGCAUUAAGUUGACCACCAGUUCUUAAUCCAUAACACUCAGUUUCAGAAUAUCUUGUUGGUAUUAAAUAUUGACUCUUAACAGAUAGUUUUUCUGAGUUAUUUUUUAUUGUUUCUAUGUAAGGUGUACCAACAUGAUGUUCUGAUAUACAUGUAUGUGGUGAAAUUAAUGGUUUCAAGCUCUCUUAUGUGUAGCAGUUCUAGUGCUGCAUGCAAUAGAGUUUCACAGAUAAUUAGUCGUGUUUUGUGUUGAUUUCUGGGCUUUAAACAUAUGGCUAUGUGUGUUAUUCAAA